AUCGAGACGCAAACAAAUCUCCACCAACCAGAUUCCAUUUUCCCCGCACCCUCGCCCCUCUUCCCCUCCCCCCUCCCUCCAUUGCCCGCCCUGGCAUCAGUCAAAAAGCUCCUACUUUCCUUGCUUCUCUUUCUUCUUGUUUGCUUCACGCUGGCUCCUGCCAAUCGACUCGCUGCUAUCCUACGGUUAUUCCCUAAACAGCAUUUAAUCCCAAAACCCUCUGCAAGACCACUCACCACCACCAGUAUGGUCGGCGGACACCCGAAGCCUCCCCCGGCCCCAAAGUUUACCCAUACCCCAGAAUCGGUUAUUAAGGAGACCAACAGGCUCAUCGCUACAUCUCGGGAGCUUCAGGACAAAAUCGCCAAGGAGGUUAACCCCGAGACUGCCAACUUUCAGAAUGUCCUGAAACCGCUCGCCGAGGAUGAGAACGAGAUGGGGCUUGACACUGCCAUUCUAGGCUUUUAUCAGUAUGUUAGCACUAAUAAAGCAUUGAGGGAUGCAAGUAGCGAGGCAGAGAGAUUACUUGACGUGAGUGCCUUUCCCUAUUUUUUGUCCGAGUGGUGGGAGCGCUGACGACAACCAUUAGGAUUUCGGAAUCGAAUCCUCUAUGAGGGAGGAUAUUUACAAGCUGGUUUCGGUCGUCAACAAAUCGCCGCAGUCGAAGGCCGUUGAUGUCGCUGCGGAAUCCACUCGUUUUCUCGAGAAGGUUUACGAAAGUUAUAUCAGAAAUGGUCUUGGGUUGGCCGAGAAGGAGAAAGCUCGGUUCAAAGAGAUUAAGAAGGAAUUAUCUAUUCUGGGAAUUGAUUUCUCCAAGCGUCUAAACGAAGAGAAUGGCGGUAUCUGGUUUACUCCCGAGGAGCUUAAAGGUGUUCCUGAGGAUGUCCUGUCUGGGCUCUCCAAGGGCGAGACCGGUACCGAGAAUGAGGGUAAACUGCACCUGACCUUCAAGUAUCCCGACCUAUUCCCAACUAUGAGGUAUGCCAUCAACCCCGAAACGAGGAAGAAGGUAUUCCUUGGAAAUGAAAACAAAUGCAACGAGAACAGCAAAUUGUUCAAGAAGGCUAUUGAGCUUAGAGAUGAGAAGGCUAGGCUGUUGGGAUUUAAAAACCAUGCCGAGUUUAUUCUACAGCCCAAGAUGGCUAAAAACCCCGAAAAGGUUCUUGCUUUCUUGACCGACUUGAGACAGAAACUGGCACCCGGUGCUGAAAAGGAGAAGAGCCGCUUGAAGAGAUUGAAGGCGGUAGAUUACAAGGAUAGAAAAAUUGUGGAUGACGGUCAUUACUACUUGUGGGAUCAUAGGUGUGUUUCUAGAGCUUCCCGAAAUCGUUUCGUGUUAAUGUCUGUCUAGGUACUAUGAUCGCCUCCUUCUUGAGAAGGAAUACAAGCUUGAUGCACAAAAGAUUGCCGAAUAUUUCCCUCUCGGCCAUACCAUCAAAGGAAUGAUGAAGAUCUUUGAGUCCCUUUUCGGGUUGGAGUUCGUAGAGGUUGCCGAUGGGACAAAGAAUACCUGGCACGAAGACUGCAAGCAAUUCCGCGUUUACAAUGAGAAGCCAAAAGAUGGCAGUGAGCAAACCUUUGUUGGGUGGUUGUACCUAGACCUCCACCCACGUGAAGGAAAAUAUGGCCAUGCUGCCAAUUUCAAUCUUCAACCGGUGAGACUUGCAAGUUCAAACGAUGUUUGUCCAUACUAAUGGCUUGUCAGGGGUUCACUGGGAAGAAGGGAGAACGCCGCUAUCCGGCAACAGCUCUUGUGUGCAACUUUUCCAAGCCCACUGCGAACAAGCCGUCGCUAUUGAAGCAUGACGAAGUGGUAUGGUGGGCUUGUCUAUUAAUUGUUAUAGUAAAGGCUAAAGGCUACAGGUUACUCUAUUCCACGAACUUGGUCACGGUAUCCAUGACCUCGUGUCCAUCACGUAUUACUCCCGCUUCCAUGGCACCAAUGUUGUCCGUGACUUCGUUGAAGCUCCUUCCCAGAUGCUGGAGAACUGGUGCUGGACCCAGUCCGAGCUCAUUUCGCUAUCAUCCCACUAUCGGACCGAAAAGAAAAUUCCGCAAGAAAUGGUCAGAGCGAUUAUCAGUACCAAGCACGUGAACGAUGCGCUGUUCAACCUUAGGCAGCUGCACUUUGCAUUCUUCGAUAUGGAGAUGCACUCUUAUAAGAAUCAUGACGACGCCGUCAAGGCUGAACCUUCGGUACGAUACAACAAGUUGAGAACCGAGAUUGCGCUUUUGGACCCACCGAAUGGUCUCGGAGAUGUAAGAUCACUAAUCCUCUGGGCUAUUGACUAGCCAUCACUGACGAGUAAUAGAAUUUUGGCCACGGAGAAGCCACCUUUGGCCAUCUCAUGGGCGGUUAUGACGCUGGAUACUACGGCUACCUCUGGUCACAGGUCUUUUCGACGGAUAUGUUUUACACCGCGUUCAAGAAGGAGCCCAUGGACGGCGAGCAGGGGAGGCGAUAUAGACAUACUGUACUGGAAAAGGGUGGCAGUCGCGACGAGAUGGAGACCUUGAAGGAAUUCUUGGGAAGGGAGCCUAACAGCGAUGCUUUCUUUGAGGAUCUGGGAUUGAAGAAGUAAUUGUCCGAUGUGAACGCGCACAACGGGAGUUUGAGAUUUGGUACAUCGGCCGUGGGUGCAUCACUUUUGGAGGGGGGGUGUUUUUGUGUGAGAGUGCUCCGAAAUGCAGCGAUCGUUUUUCUCCCCUUCUUUUCUCCUUCCCCCCCCCCCCUACCAUAGAUGUGCGCCCGCCUCUACAAGCUUGCCCAUCGCAAUGUGUACAAAACGAGUGAUAUUUUACGAUAGGGAUCCGAAAUGAUGAAGGUGAAUGCAGAGCACGGGUGAAUGAAGCAACACAAGUGCGACGAAAUGCAAGAAAGUGAGGAAGGAUGAUGAAAGAAUGG